UCUCUCUCUCUCUCUCUCUACAACGCUUUCUUUUCCCAGGAAGCCAGUAGCAUCCUCCCCCUUUUAGACCAAACAUCUCUGCAACUGCUGGACUUUCUCUCCGCGCUCACAAGCAUGUAAUCCUUCGAUCGCUCGCUCUCUCUCUCUCUUUCUCUCUUCCAGAGUCUUUGCACCCAUCACCACCGGGAGUGACCUUCUCCUUCAGGAGGCUUCCCACCUCUAUCUUGUGAUCCCCCCCCUCCCCCCCCCCCCCCCCCCGAUCUCUCCUUUCCCUCACCUUCUCUUUCAUGCUAAUCUGUGAUCUACUUAGUAUCUGUCAGGACCACAGCUUGUUGAGUGUUCCAAUCCUUCCUCGCUUCUGACAACAGAUCAGCCGCAGCCCUAAAGGGACUCCAACAUGGCUUUGUGGAAACGUUCUCGACGCCAGUAAAAGAAAACAGCAUGAGUAUAAGCCAAUUCAAGAAGGGAAGAGCAUUGUGGAUCUGCACAAACCUCCUCAUCGUUUGAUCAUCAUCAUCGUCAUCAUCUGAGUUCGACUCAUCUGACCUUUUGUGUAGGCGCAAGAAGUAACGAGGAGGAGUAACAGCAAGUGGAAGAAGAAGUAGAACAGAGAGAGAGAGGGAGGUCAUUUCAUCUAUCUUCCAUGGACUUGAUACCCAACCCAGACAGCCCCCACUCCGAUCACAGCGGCGGCGGCGGCGGCGGUGUUGGCGGCCCCAGUAACAGCCCCCACUGCUUCGCAUCUUUCUCAUCCGCCACCCCUGGCGCAGCACCCUCCUCCUCCUCCUCCUCCUCCUCCACCACCACCUCCUCCUCCUCCCCGUCGUUGAGUCGGUACGAGUCACAGAAGCGCCGCGACUGGAACACCUUCGGGCAGUACCUCAAAAACCACCGACCCCCUCUCUCGCUCGCGCGGUGCAGCGGCGCCCAUGUGCUGGAGUUCCUCCGCUACCUCGAUCAGUUCGGCAAGACCAAGGUGCACACUCAGAUGUGCCCCUUCUUCGGCCACCCCAACCCUCCGGCUCCCUGUCCGUGCCCUCUUCGCCAAGCCUGGGGCAGCCUCGACGCCCUCAUCGGCCGCCUUCGUGCCGCCUACGAAGAGAACGGGGGUAAACCCGAGUCCAACCCCUUCGGCGCUCGCGCCGUCCGCCUCUACCUCCGUGAAGUCCGCGAGAUCCAGUCGAAGGCCCGCGGCGUCAGCUACGAGAAGAAGAAGCGCAAGAAGCCACAGCAGGAUCAGCAGCACCCUCCACCGCCACCCGCCGCAGCCUAAGCUCCGCCACCGACUCCAUCCCACUGGCAUCAACGAGGAGGCUUAGCAGAUAUGCCUUGAAGCCUUCCUCUCUUCUCUUCAACUCUCUCUAUAUGACUAUUAGCUACCGAUGUGUGAGCCUUUUGUUUUCUCUUCAUCGAGCUUAUUAGUAUCAUUCUGUUUAUGUCACUCCCUUUUUCUUUUCCCUGUUUUCGAUUGAACCUUGGAACAAAUCGCUACUCUUUAUAUUACUACUUCAUGCGAUAUUGCUUUGCCUUCA